AUGGCAGCGAAAAAAAGCAAGAUUCCCGAAGAAUACUUCAAGUUUGGAUUUACCUUCAUAGAAAAAGACGAGUUACAAUUGUCUCAGUGUGUGAUAUGUAUGAAAGUUUUAAGUAAUGAUAGCAUGAGGCCCAAUCGUAUUGAAAGACAUUUGAAACAACAACAUCCUACUCUGGUUUUGAAGACGGAAGAGUUUUUUUCUUCUAAAGCAGAAUCACUCAAGCGGAUGAGACUGGAUAAAUCGGGAAGUUAUCACACACGUGUAUCGCAGCAUCUCAAAGCUUCAUUUGAAUUAGCUUUUAUGAUAGCACAGCAAAAGAAACCUCAUAAUAUCGGUGAAGAAUUAAUAAAACCAUGUAUCCUGAAAGCCACGCAGAUAAUUUUAGGUAAAGAUGCAGAGCAAAAACUGAAGUCUUUUAUAGCAGACAUAAAGUCACAAAUAAUUAGCAAAGUAAAAUUAUCGCCAUUUUUGCCAUUAGUUGCGAUGAAUCCACCGACAUCGUUAAAUCUGCACAGUUAA